UCCAACCAGGAAAUGAAAUGCAAGGAAUAUUUCUUGGGAAUAUAAAACAAUUUAUUGACCGAACACGCAUUAAAAGACCCGACUCGAUGCCGUUGAUUGGUAUGCAACGAACUGAGCCUUUUUAACUAUUCAUUGUAAAUCAAAAACAAAUCUGAAGUUUGAGGCUAUCCCGUCGAUUUAAAUAGAACAAUACGUCUGGGCCCAAACUGUGCUUUGUAUAGCCUAGACGAUGCACAAAAAUGAACUGAUCACAGGAAAUUUUCAUUUCUGUGAACUCAAUCGAUCUAUUGACGCAUUCAUAGUGAGGUCCAUCCUAUGGUAAUUCUCAAUGUGCUCUGCCGCCCGAGCGCCCGCCCAUCCGCAUCGACUCGAGUGUUUUUUCUUCUUCUAAACGAGCAGGAGAGAAGAUUGAUUAUACGGGACCAGCGGUGGAGAGAGCACGACUUGCCUGCCUUUGAUAGAGCUUUUGCCGCCGGAGAAAGAGGACGCUCACUAAAUUAGAAGUAGCCUAUUUCAUUUACUUGCUCUCCGGGAUGAUUUUCCAUACAUAAUUGUGUAUCCAAACUAAGUAAGAUAUCCACGCACGACCGUUGACUUUCCGGUGUUUUUUUGUCUUUCAUUGGCGAAGCUCGUCCGCAGUCUCUGUGAUAUUGGAGAAAAGGCUGGGUCGCCUAGACGUCUUUUACGGGCGCAUGUCGUCAUUGACAAUAGGACAGCAAAGCUGAAGGUGAGACCAGAGAAGCGAUUCCGGAGUGUAGUCUACCGAGUCCCGCAUCUCAGCAGGCUCCGUGAUAUCGGUGCAUCCCACUGACAGCAGGCGACUUUUCUCUAUAGCGAAGGGGAUAUUUAGCCAGCUGCUUCGUUCCCCGGGGGGCACUAGACCUGCCCUACGCCCGGAGUGGUGGCUGGCCACAGACCUCUUAUUUUAGCCUAAAAAUUGAGAAGCUUUGCCCCCAAACGGAUUAUACGGACGGCAUAUGUGGGGAGAGAGACGGAAAACAAUGGGGAUCCGCACGCUUCUUGUUGCGUGUGUGCUACUUGGCGUGAGCGCGGCUCAGAGGGUGGUGACCGUCCAGAGUGGCCCGCUGGUUCGAACGGAGGGCAGUCACGUGACCAUCUGGUGCAACGUGACUGGCUACAAGGAGGGCGUGGAGCAGGAUUUCGAGUGGUCCAUGUACCUGUCCUCGGCGCCGGACCGCGAGAUCCGCAUUGUGAGCACGGCUCAGUCCAACUAUGCGUACGCUGUGUACGCCCAGAGGGUCAACAGCAAGGAGAUCUGGGUGGAGAGGCUGUCCAGGGACUCAGCCAUGCUCCACAUUGCCAAGGUCCAGGCCAGAGACCAGGGGCUGUUUGAGUGCUACACCCCCAACACAGACGGACAGUACCUGGGCUCCUACAGUGCCCGCACCAACCUGACUGUCAUCCCCGACUCCCUGGCCGUCACCGCGCCGGCACAGACCCUCGCCCAGGUGGAAGGCGACACGCUGCAGCUCAACUGCGAGGUUUCCCGGGAGACGGAGCAGCACACGCACUUGUCCGUCGGCUGGUACAUGCGCUCCCCAGAGGACGCCGCCGCGCCGCCCCAGGAGAUCCUCACCCUGUCCCGGGACUUCGUCCUGCGGGCCGGCGGGCCCUACAAGCAGAGGAUGGGCGCCGGGGACCUGAGGCUGGAUAAGACCAGCGCCACGUCCUACAGGCUGACCAUCCACAGGCUGCAGCCCGUCGACCAGGGCCUGCUCUACUGCCAGGCGGCCGAGUGGAUCCAGGACACGGACGGCAGCUGGUUCGCCAUGACCCGCAAGCAGGCCAACAAGACCCAGCUACGGAUACAGCCCACGGAUCGGGACUUCUCUAUCCAGGUGAGCACGGAGCGGCGGUCCUUCACGGCGGGCGAGCCGCUGGAACUGCGCUGCACCAUCGAUGCCCAGAGCGUUCCCGAACGCUUCUUCUCGGUGUCGUGGGUGUUCAGCAGCUCGCCGGUGGCCGUGAUUGGGCCCAGCGCUGUGCCCGUCCUGGGACCCGACUACGUGGCGCGCGAGGCCGCUGGUCACAUGACUGUGCGCAAGGAGAGCCCCGCGGUCCACCUGCUUAAGCUACAACACCUCCGUCCCGAGGAUUCUGGGAAAUACAUCUGUAGGGUCACAGAGAGGGAGAAGACGCCCACUGGGGACUUCAUAGACCGAAGCAAGAGGUCACGCAACGUUCAAAUCACAGUGCAGCCCGUCAAGAGUAACAUCACAGUGUCCCUGUCCAGUAACUCGUCAGAGGUCCAGGAGGGGGACAUUGUCCAGUUGGCCUGCUCCGUCCGCUCCACCACCGGCCCCCUCUCUGUGGCCUGGCAGUGGAGCGAGAAGCAGGGCUCCGCCCCACCACAGGAACUCGCUUCGGUGGGCCGCGACGGCACCGUCCGCCCGGGGCCCGGCUACAGGGAGCGCUCCAGCUACGGGGAAAUCCGGGUGGAGAGGGUGCGGGAGGACACCUACACCCUGUCCGUCUACAACGCCGUCCCGGGAGACGAGGGGAUGUACCGCUGCACGGCAACCGAGUGGCUGGCGGUUGGGGCGGAACCAGAGCAGACCUGGGAGAAGAUAGGGGAGAAGUCGGCCACUAAGGCCAUCACUGUGAAGACUGUGGAAUCCUCCUUCGUGGUGUCGGCAUCGUCGCGCACGCCAAGCGUGACCUAUGGCGACUCUUUCGACCUCCAGUGUCUGGUGAAGCCUCGCCACAACCCUCGCGUGCCAGCCUCUGUCACCUGGCGCUUCAUGCCCACAAGCUCCGCGGGGGACAGCGGGGAGGGGGGCACACCGGCUGAGUUCCGGGACUUGGUGACGUUUACCCGCGAGGGCACCUUGCAGUGGGGUGAGCAGCUGCUGGGUCUGGGCACACGGACCACCGUCGACCGCUCCCACGCCAACACCAACUUCCGGCUCUCGGUGACGCGGGCCGGGCGCCGGGAGGCAGGGACGUAUCAGUGCACCGCCCUCCUAUGGAGGAGAAACUACGACAACACCUGGAGCCGGGUGGCCAAUCGGACGUCCAACCUGCUGGGGAUCAGUGUGCUACAGCCAGUGUCCAAGCUGAGGGUGCAGAAGACCAACCAGUCCUUGGUCCACCUGGAAGACAGCCGCGUGCGCAUCAACUGCUCUGUGGCCUCCCAGACCAGCCAAGACUCCCAGCAUGCUGUGCUCUGGUACGUGCGGCGCGCGGCGGGCGCAGAGGCUGAUGAGCUGCUCCUGAGGAUCGAGCGCUCCGGGGCGUUUGAGUAUGGCGCGUACGCGGACGAGGAGAGGCUGAGGCGACGGGUGCAGGCGGAGAGGUUGUCUCCACGGCUGUACGCUCUGACCCUGAACAGGGCGGAGAGCAGCGACUCUGGGACGUACUACUGCCUGGUGGAGGAGUGGCUGACGGACCCGGACGGAGCCUGGUACAGACUGGCACGGGACUCCUCUGGAUUCACGCAGGUCUUAGUCAGACAGCCAGCGGUGAGGUUGCAGGUGGAGGAGUCUGACUCAAACAUCACUGUCUCCCAAUCUGGUUCUAUCCGUCUGGGCUGCAGCAUUCCCUCCCAAUCCUCCAGAGACUCACGCUUCUCCGUUUCCUGGUACGUUGAGCGUUCCUCCGCACACCCCGAAGUGGAGGAAGAGGAAGAACAGAGGGAUGGCGAAGAGGGAGACCGGGAGUGUGUCUUCUCCAUUGGACAUGAUGCCGUGUUCGGUAACGGGAACUGCAGUCCCACUGAGGAGGCCGGGCCUAAUUCGCGGCUGCAGUUUGAGAGGACGACCUCUGACCUCUACAGUCUGACCAUCCAGGGGGCGCGGCUCAGCGACGCCGGGAGGUACUACUGUCACGUGGAAGAGUGGCUUCUCAACCCACGCAACGCCUGGUAUCGCCUGGCUACCAACAACUCUGGUGUCACCAUUGUCAAUGUGAUCCAGCAGGUCUCCACCCUGCAGUCAGUGGUGUGCUCCAACGACUCCCUCUUCUACUUUGUCUUCUUCUACCCGUUCCCCGUCUUCGGCAUUCUGCUCAUCGCGGUGCUCCUGGUACGCUACAAGACCCGCAGCCACAGCAAAUCCCAGGAGGGCAAGAACGGCGCCCCCUUGCUGUGGAUCAAAGAACCGCACCUCAGCUACUCCCCCACCUGCCUGGAUCCCCCAAUUCUUAGCCUUCACCCUGGCUCAGUGGAGUAAGGGAGGGACGCCAAGCCCUCCAACAGACCGCCCUCACUGCGGACCCAACCAAUAACAUGCCGGGAGGGGCUACUCCAGAUCUCCACCUGGCCAAUCACUGCUGUGUCCAAGCUGUCAACAAAUCCGUCCAUUUAUGUGUAACCCGGCCCCCUGAUUGCUCUGGUUGUGCCUGCGGUCAGUCUUUUAGACGCUCAGCAGCAGCAGCUCAGUUUAGUGUGUGUGUGUGUGUGUGUCUGUGUUCCUGUCUGUCUUUGUGUCUGUGUGUGUUUGGGCCAAAAACACAGACGUGUCUAGUUUUGGAAGUGUGAAUGUAUGCUAGCUGUUGCUGUAAUUCUUUCUUUCUCAUCCUCUUCUCUCUAUGUCCCAUGAAAACUAUGUUUCAUAGGUAGUUUGUUCAGUUUUAUUUCUCCAAAGCAAGUCCUCCGAUUUUUCUUUUCAAAUGAUUGGCAGAUCACUCUGCCUGAGUGGAACCAUCUGGAAACAAGAACAAUACAAUACAAGGACCCUGAAUGUCCGUUGUGUUCUGUACUGCACUGUGGUGUGGACCUGGUCAGGAUGACAAGGAAUAUCUCUCUGUGCUUGGUGGACUUAGCACUGAUCUCAGAGCGGUCACUGCCUGGUCCCUUAAAUACAUUGGUCAGUGAGGGGCUUCCUCCCACUGACCAUAGAGCUGUAUACUGGACUGCCACAGAAACACACAAAGACAAUCCCUGGUGGCUUGGAGGGGGUCUGCGUGAGACCAUGUGUGAGCAUAUGCGUGUGUUUUCCCCCACCUGUCUCUUUUGCCUUGACAGAAACAAACCUGGCAAGCCCACAGAACACUGCCAGACAUCACUGCUCACUCCUCUCCUCUUCCUCUCCAGACCGAAGAAGAGGAGGCAGGGCGGAAAGGGAGAGAGAGAAGGGAGAAGAUAAAUGAACCUCUGGAUCCGGCUGAGGGCAUACUCUUAACGUGAGGGAUACUUCAGUGCCAAGACUUUCUUAUUCCACGCUGUCCUCUGCUACAAAUGUUUGAAGUUUAAAGCAGGCAAGCAAAGCCGUUCGGCUCAGAGGCACUCUGUAAAUAUGGCUGCCGACCCCCAGCUAGGGGAUUAUGGGCCUUGUAGGAGAAAAAGAGCAAUUUUUACGCUUAUGUUAAACCUGUUGAGUAGUUCCUGCAUAAAUGUAUUGACACAAUGGGAAUUAUUGACUGAAUUGAAAUUCUCUGCCAUUUCAAACAUCUGCUGUCGUCUGCUGUUCCUCCCUUUAAUAGACAUUCAUUCAAGCUGUGCAUCUUUUUGAAACCCCUAAAGAGGGACCGUGAGCCACAGGCCAAACCACCCCCAGAGGUGUGUUUAGAGGUUACACACAUGCAGCUCAACACAUGAACAUACACUGCCAACUCUUUGGACAAUACAAAAAUACCCUCCUAAUAAACAGCAGAUGAACAACGUCAAAAACACUGGGAACACAUUUAAAGUGGCCGAUUUGAAAUUGAAUUGGGAAAAAAUUACCAUCAUUUAUCCCUAGCUGUUUUAUUCAUUUUAUACAGUUUUCACAGAGUUCAUGUACAUUCGUUUUCUUUUCAAAUUCUCAGAGUACUGCUCUUCUGCUAAUGUUGCCAAGCAACCGAACAAUGCAGAUACGGUGUCAUGAUAACACUGUGCUGUGUCCACAGUAACAGGCGCUGAAAAGUCGUAGAUAUAGAAGUGCUAGAUUUUCUCUGCGCGGUCCGUGACAUCUCAUUCAAGAUUGUCAUGUUUGGACCAUUGUGGAACCACUGAAUUUAUGUCCUGGGAACGUAGCAGCUUAACUAUCGUAUGUACAGUAGAUUAACAGCAAGAGUCACAAAAUGGAUCCACUUGAAGCUUUUGCUUGUCUUGAUUAUUUAUUGAAAUGUAUUGUGGCAUCUAAUUAGGAUGUGUGAGCUCAAUAGACAUGCAAUAGAUGGCCAAUAGAUGACUGGACUUGACCGAAGGUACGUGGAGUGUGUUCUGUAUUGCCCUGAUCUACAGUACACACAGCAGAAGGACUGGGAAUCUGUGUAACAUUCCCAAAGUAUGGAACAACAAGGAGAGAAAGACAUUCCUGUUUCAUAAGAACCCUCUCACUGCCAGACAGACUCAAAGCUCCCCUCAUUCCCUUCUCAAUUGUGUCACAAUGUAUAUUGCAUGACAAUAUCGCAGGAGGCAUUUUGGUGUUUUGUAACCUUUGAACUCUUGAGCGUUGUGUUUGUGUGACAAGGCAAUGCCAAGCCCUUCACUUCCUGUCCCAAGUGUUACCCGGAGCCAUAGAACAGGAAGUUACUUUGAACAGUAAUGAAAGGGCAGGAGGACCUUGUGAGUGUGAGGCCUUAACUAUAUGUGGUUGACAACUAAAGAACACUGCAGUCUUUCUGUGGGGGAUUAGCUGUAGCAGCAGUCUGUUUGCUAACUAGGUUAGCAGCAUUUUAUUUUCUUAUUGUUGGCUCUGGGAACUUUCCCUUAAUUUAAAGGGGUCUGUUUAAGCCAAUUUAAAGAACAGUUCAAGCCUUCUGUACAUAACCCUAGACUGAAACCAAUACCAUAAGAUCUGGUCAACCGUCUGACCAAUCCCGCAACAGCUUUUGUUGGUUUUGCCACAAUUCAGUCAUAGAGGUAUCAGCCAAUCCCAGAAUAAAUGACUCAAAACCAGGAAGUGGAGGGUGUUGCAUUGUUGUGUGAUGUCACAGUGCCGCCGUGAUUGGAGCUGUACAGUUGUACUCUGAACUCUAAAUGGUGUUUUUGUAGUAACCAACAUCCCUAGAUGCCUCCGAAACAUUCUUAAAACGUUCCGACAGUGUUGUAGCUGCGUUAUGAGGGCUGCAUGCAGUGGCUGUGUGCUGGCUCCAGAUUUAGCUGUAAAAAACUUUGUGGUGACGUAUUUAGUUCAGGCAGUGCUGCUUUUUUCCAGUGAUGUAUUUUUAUUUUACUUUUUUAUCUGAAAUAUUAGUGCACUGAAAUGAAAAGGAAGGCCAUAGCUUUUUUUUAAACGCUUAUUGUGUUUUUAUUUUGUACGACAUGGUUUUGUUGAUUUUUUUAUUUUGAUAUAUAUUCUAUUGAAUAGUGACCAUAGCUAUCAUUCAAAAGGCACUUUGUUAUUCUGUCAGUUUAAUGCAAUAAAAACAUGUUCAGUGCAACCUUCAGUAUUGACAUUCCUCCGGAUCCUUCUAUACAUUUAUAUCUGUGAACCUCCAGAGAGAGAUUUCUUUAGAAUAAAAAUGUUAACCACUUUUCAAUCCAACAAUUUUAUGCGGUUGAAGCUUAAAAAUAAAUAAAGAGGGAGCUGAUGGAAACUAACAAUUUUAUGUAGACAGACAAUUUGUUCAAAAUUGUCAUGGUGUCUGCAAAAUAAAUGAUGCGAGAAAUGGUGGUGAAAAAGUGAUGCAAAAAUAUUGAUAUAAAAAACAAUAUAUCAAAGUAAACUUCAAAUCUAAAUGUGGGAUGGCAGGAUGGCUUAGGGGUCAGAGCAUCUGACUAGUGACUGAAAAAUCUGGCAAGAUUAAAAAACAUAAAUGAGCAAGGCAGUCAAACCCAAUUGUUCCCAGGUUGUGGCUGAAAAAUUAGCAUGUGUUGUCAGUCAUACUUAAAAUAAGGGUAUCAGGAAAGUGACAGGCAACUCGAAAAAGCAUGCAGUUUGUUAAUAAGUUACUGAGAAAAUAAAUGUAUGAUAAAAUUCACAGGGUGGUGAAAUUGCACAGCUUUAAUGCUGCUUUCCAGUAAACAUUGAUGGUCUGUCCUGGUGGCAUGCUGAUUGAUUUGUGGCCACUGUGUGACAAAAAAAAGAAUUGGCACUCUUAUCCAUAAGAGCUUUUGCCUAGAAAACAGGGGCCAGGAACAGAGCAUUGAUGAAGGUCUCCUAGCUUGGGGACCUUGUAGCAGUGCUGGACCAACACAGCAUGUGCCACAUCAAUUCCGGCACAAUCAUAAAAGCAGCGGGUCUCCCCCUUCACCACCCGCUGUCUAUGUGAGAUCAUAGUUAGUCUGUCGUGGUUUGAUUGCUGCUACUGUUUCUUAAAAAGCAUUACAGCCGUAGGGAAACCGGAACAUUUUCUUAGUAUUUGUACUACGCACUUCAGCUUGUGUACUCAUAGGUGAGUUUCAUUGGCAUUUAAAGGAAAUGUUACCAUAAAAAGCUCCAGGCCUUUGUAGAGCAAUGCAGCAAUACUGCUUUUGGUUUAUGGCAGGGGGCUCCAACAGGUCGAUCACAGGCUGGGAGUUCAUUUCCACCUGUUAAAACUAUUUAUCAAACUUGUGGCAGUCUAAAUCUGGGGGACUAUUAACAACAAGUGAUUUAACUUUUAAUUGGGAUGAAAAUACUCUAAAAAUAAAACUGACAGUCUGCACCUCAACUUAAAAGUCACUACUGUAUAAUUUAAUAACCAAUGUGGUAGAAUAAAAAGCACCCCAAAAAGUGUUUACUUUUACUUGUACAUGUUGCAGGGAAGAGGUGGGAGAGAAUGUGCCUAUUGCUUGUAAUAAAAUAAAAAAAACA